GACAAAGCAAGCAAAGUAAACAGAGAUUUAAAAGGUGCAUUAAUUUCAUCGUUUUCUUCAAUUUUAUUACACAAAAAUGAUAUCUGCAAACAGUAUGAAUAUUGGCAGAUUAUUUACUAUAAAUGUUUUAAAAAGGUCAAUGUCAAGGCAAAUACUGCAGCUAUCCUGUUGGUCUUGUGGUAAGGACACGAAGACUUUGGUCUCCAACCUAUUUUGUCCAAACUGUAACACCUUACAAAAGCCUAAGAAAGAAGACAAUUACUUCAAAGUAUUGGGAGUUAAAGAAACCUAUGAUUUGAAUGAAAAUAACUUGGCUAAAAGAUAUAAAGACCUACAAAAGUACUUACACCCAGACAAGUUUGGAGCUAGAGACAAAGCAGAAAGAGAGGUUUCUGAGGAAUACUCGUCUCUAGUAAAUGAGGCAUACAAAACACUUUUAGAGCCAAUGGCCAGAGGUAUAUACAUGCUCAAAUUGAAAGGCAAAUCUAUACCAGAAACAACUGAAGUCGAUAACGCAUUCCUCAUGGAAAUCAUGGAGAAGAACGAGGAAGUAGAAAAUGCUGAAACUGAAGAAGAAAUCAUGAAAUUGAAUCAAGAAAACAAAGCUGUGAUCAAUGACUUACAAAAAAAAGUGUCUGCAGCAUUUUUUGAAGGAGACUUAGAGAAAGUCGUUAAAUUAUUGAGUGAAAUGAAGUAUUAUACUAGUAUAGACAGUCAAAUUCAAGGUAUGAUAAGAAACAAAGGAAUUAUUAGGUAAAUAAUAUGAAUGAUUUACUUAGGCUAUGAUUUAAAUUAUUGUGAUAGUAGUUUGACUUAAAUAGACACAGAUAGAGAAUACAAUAAAUAAAUAAACUAUAUCUUAUAGAUUUUAAAUUUUUUUAUGAGAAGUAAAAUAUAUUAUCAUGUUAUUUGGAAUGUGCCGUGUGGUUCCCGGCACUAGUACAAAAAAGAAUAGGACCACUCCAUCUCUUUCCCACGGAUGUCGUAAAAGGCGACUUAGGGAUAGGCUUACAUACUUGGGAUUCUUUUUUUAGGCGAUGGGCUAGCAACCUGUCACUAUUUGAAUCUCAAUUCUACCUUAAAGCCAAACAGCUGAACGUGGCCUAUCAAUCUUUACAAGACUGUUGGCUCUGUCUACCCCGCAAGGGAUAUAGACGUGACCAUAUGUAUGUAUGUAUGUGUGUAUGUAUUUGGAAUUGUUUGUAAAACUUUGUUUUGAAAUAUAUUCAUAUAACAUAUUUUUUUAAAAUACUGGAAAUAACUAAAUCUUUCCAAUUGCUUUAUUUGGUACCAUUAGAUUUGUUAAAAUCCAUUGCCUCUUUAUAGAUGUACAUUACCAAAGACUUCUGUUUUCACAAAUAACCUUGUUGUUAUUCUAACUCGAAUGUCUUCGAAAAAGUAUGUUCUUUAUAUUUAAUCGAAGUUGAAUAUGAUUUGUGGCGACAUCUCUACACCACUACGAAUCAUCGCUCCUGCUACAGAUUAAAUAGCUGUGAAUAAAAAAGGCAAUAUUAAGUAAGAAUUUUUUUUUUAAAUAUUCUUCUGCCACAUUUUUAUUUUAAAUUGUUAUGCAUACAUUGUUAUUAGUAAAUCACUCUUAAGAAAUAUAUAUGAAGUAAACCAAG